AGUUGUAAAAGCUCAGGCAAUAUAUCAGACAUAUUUACUGUGUGGUCAAAUAUAAAAAGGUAAGAAGAGUCAAAUGUAAGGUUAAUGCUAUAUUUUAAAUGUAUUCCUGGAUUUAAUCUGAUCUUACUUUAUCUGCAUACUGCUCUGUUCUGUUCAUGUUUGUUUCUAGGCCUUCCUGAGCAAUAUUACAGUUUAACCUGGUUCCUCAGUCCCAUUCUUGGUCUCCUCUUCACACCCUUGAUCGGCUCAGCCAGUGACCGGUGUACUCUGCGAUGGGGCCGGAGAAGACCGUUCAUUCUAGCCCUAUGUGUAGGUGUGCUUCUGGGAGUGGCGCUGUUUUUAAAUGGAUCAUUAAUAGGCCUUUCCAUAGGUGACAGCCCCAGCAGCCAGCCAAUCGGCAUCGUCCUAACUGUAUUAGGCGUGGUGGUGCUGGACUUCUGUGCCGAUGCCUCCGAGGGACCAAUCAGAGCUUACCUUCUUGAUGUUGCUGACACUGAAGAGCAAGAUAUGGCCCUGAAUAUUCAUGCCUUCUCUGCUGGGCUCGGUGGAGCAGUGGGCUACAUGCUAGGUGGUCUUGACUGGACUGGCACAGCUCUGGGCCAAGCAUUUAAAUCACAGGAACAGGUCCUUUUCCUGUUUGCGGGCAUCAUCUUCAUUGUCUCUGUCACACUGCACAUGCUCAGUAUCCCUGAACGACCUUUCGCGCCAUCCAAUCAGCUUAAAGUCACAGAAAGUGGGGAGUCUACCAGCCAGUUGUCUUUCAGGCCCGUUGGCCACAUGCCACCUUUACUUGAUGUGAUUGCAGAGGAAGAUGCCUCAGCGCAAGCCCUGUCCGGAGAGGACAACGAAUCAGAUCCUGAGGAAGGGGAAAUGGAUUUCCUCGCUGUGGAUCGAGUGCGGAGUAAAAGCGAUUCAGUCUUAGCCAUGCCAGAUGCUACGAUUGAGCUGGAUUCUGACCUCGACCCAGACUCACAACUUUUCCUGCCAGAGGUGCAUCACUUUCUACCAGGGAUGCAGGGAGAGCUAGAAGAUGUUUUCAAGCCAUCCUCAUCUCCCCCUGCCGGACCACCCGCCCUUACUGAUGUGAUGGUCUCAGAGCCUAAAAAUCCAGUUUUGCCUGAGCAUAAAGAUCCAACAAACUGUCCAUGUUCUCUUCAUCAGACCAGUUCUGGCUCAGAGGACUCUCUUCUCAGACAGCAGGUCAAGGCUGCCAAUGGUAUGGCUUCUGAUCAGUUCAAUGCAGUGAAAGGCCAUGUUCCUACUAAGCUCGGGAGCCGCCCGUCCAACACCUCGGUUUCAUCACGGCCACACCCACACACCUUCUACAGACAACCUUCCUUCACUUUCUCAUACUAUGGACGAGUGGGAUCGCAGCGCUAUCGACGUCGACGGGCAGCACCCUCUAGUCCUCAGCCAAUCACCACCUCCCGCAGUCUCAAUGAUCUGAGUGACCUCCAGCAGCGCACAGACAGACGAGAGUUGCAGCUGUCGGCUAGUAGUCUGUCCUCUGAGGGCUCAAGCAGCGAGGGAGGACCAGACAGGGGCACAACUGUUAAACUGCUGUGGCUGUCCAUGUUGAAGAUGCCGAGGCAGCUGUGGAGAUUGUGUGUCUGUCACCUCCUCACAUGGUUCUCUAUUAUAGCUGAAGCUGUGUUUUAUACUGAUUUCAUGGGACAAGUCAUUUUCCAUGGAGACCCCACGGCAGCAGCCAAUUCCACAGAGCUCCAAAAUUAUCACAGAGGAGUACAGAUGGGCUGCUGGGGACUGGUGGUCUACGCUGCUACUGCAGCUGUGUGCUCUGCCAUCCUUCAGAAGUACCUGGAUAAUUUUGAUCUGAGCAUUAAGGUCAUCUACAUCGUUGGAACUCUGGGAUUCUCAAUAGGAACUGCAAUCAUGGCAAUAUUCUCGAAUGUUUAUGUUGCCAUGGUGAUGAUCAGUAGCAUGGGCAUCAUCUCCAUGAGUAUCUCCUACUGUCCCUAUGCAUUGCUCGGACAGUACCAUGAAAUCAAAGAGUACAUUCACCACAGUCCAGCAAACACUCGAAGAGGUUUUGGUAUUGACUGUGCCAUCUUAUCCUGUCAGGUCUAUAUCAGCCAGAUUUUGGUUGCGUCAGCCCUUGGAUCUGUGGUGGAGGCAGUUGGCAGCGUGCGUGUCAUUCCUGUAGUGGCCUCCGGGGGCUCCUUCCUUGGCUUCCUUACUGCCUGUUUCCUCGUCAUUUAUCCUGAUAUGGAGCCCAGCAGCUCAGAGCAGGACAAGGGCUUGGUGGAUUUGUCUGGAGAUUCAGAUCAGAGUGGAGAAAGGACCGGUGACCAGAGACUGGCUCUGCUGAACCUCACAGACAGAGACAGUUUGAAGAAGACAGAGAAUCACUCUCUUGCCUAAGUAUGAACAUGGAAAUAAUGAUUAAGGUUUGUCCUCACCAUGUACAAGCCACAGCACGUGCGGAUUACAACAAAAACAGUGUGUGAGGGAAGAGGGAAAACGUGGAAGAAACUUGGCAUUCCAUUUAGAGAAAUCUGGGUGGGAUGGAUUUGGAGCAGAGGACUGACAAGAAGAAACUAGCUCAGUUUUGGGCUGCUCUGCUUGUCCUGUUUCUACCUCAACCAUAAUACAAAUAAAUGUUUGGAUGGAUAGAAGUAAAGCCAUGAAAACACAGAGCCACCUGACAGUGAUUUGGUCAGACUGUUCAAAACUAACUACUGAAGAAAACACAAGAUUGCAAAAACAUAAAUGGGAACCACUCAGAGCACUUUCUGUCUCACUUCUGAACAGUGCUGUCACACUGAUGCUGCAGAAUGACGUAAUGUGUGAAAUUUUGCUUAAGUUGCUCUAAAACUGCUCAACGGACAAUCACAAUGCUGUAAAAGUGCUACUAUGUGUACCUCUGCUGAACACAGGUGUAAAUAUUUGUUUCAAUCCGUUAAGGGAAUACCUUGAAAUUACAUCGUUAUUUUAUAAAUGCCAAGUUCUUAAACUACAGCUAUAACCUUCUACAUUUGUUGACAUACACAAAACAGUUUGUUUAAUUUGAUACACUUUUUUAAUUCACAGUUAUGAUGUUGGAACCCGUUAACAUAGCAAGCUAGUGUGCAGUUGAUCUUUAUGUUUCUUGCCUAUACAGAAACACUAAAAUUCUGUAGGCCAUCUUCUCCAUGAUAUACAAGCAACAUUGUAUCAUAAUGUAGUUAAGAGAUAAAACCAGCAGCUGGGAAAAGUUUUUUUUUUUCUUUUUGGCACUGCAGUGAAUUUACACUGUAAAUGGAAGUUAAUCAUGGCCCCUUAAAUUUGACCUAUAGUGGUUUGGGUUUCAGUGUGAUUGUAUUGCAGGGUGGCAUUUGUUUCACUUUCUACUGAAAGGUUUUAAAGGCUUUUUGAAAUAUAUACAUUCCAGAGGUGAAAUAGGAAGAUAGUUAAUGGUGAUCUUAGGUUCAUCAUGGGACAUUUGUCAUAAAUAGCCCUUAAAAAAUGGAUAGAAAUGCUCUGUCAUUGUUAAUGAGAUUGGACUUUGUAUUUUUUAUUGGAAGUCUUGCCUUACACAUUAGGUUAGUGUGCCUUUCUAAAUAUUUGACAGCUGUAAUAUUCUGUCCUGUUGUACAGAAAGGAUAAAUAGCUCCCAUACUGCCAGGUUUCAGUUUACAUCAGACUGAUGAACAUGAAAGGAAGGAGAGAGUCUGUUGAGGAUUAUUUAGCAUAGUCUCUACCACACGCAUAUUCAGUGUCACAAACCUAGUGCAAUACACUGCACACUUGUGUACAGUCUUAAUUGGACAGCCCAGUCUCUGCUCUCUGAAGGCUCAUCUUCAGUAGAGCGUUAUCACUGUUGAAUAUGGGAGUUGUGGGUGUAAAUGCCCAUAGUGGCCUUAAGCUCACCGAUAAGAGCAUUAUUUGUUUAAUGUGACGUGGUCUGAAACUGUUCCACAGACUUGUAAUAGGGGUAGGUUGAGGGGUAGAGAGGACCACAUCUAUGCAAGGCCAAAAACUGAUCUAUGCAAACUUGAAACUCCCUUGUCUGGGGUGUUAAGACCAAAUAAACCUUGAAGAUAAGCACAGGACCUUCUCAGUCUGCUUUCCUCUUUAAAGGUUUUUAAGUUCAGAUCAGAGGAAACUACACCACAAGUGUAAACAUUGCACAGAUUCUUUCAUUUCUAACUUGACUGAGAGCAAGAUGUUUAUUAUCAUUACAUUCUUAUAUAUACAGACUUCUCUGUUAUCAGUAUUUAGGGAAGGCUAACAGUAUUUGUUGGGACCUUGUAUCUCGCUGUGCCAUUGCCUUUUGUCUUUUAUGGUGUGUUUGCUGUCAUUUAGGAUUUAAGGCCUCAAGAUUUACACACCUGAUUUACAAACACUACAAAGGGAACAUCCUCAUUCUGUGUGUGUUUUUUUUUUUUAAUCACUCAUUUCCUUUUGUAAAUAAUGCAGACUCUGCAAGUGUGUGCGACAAGUCACUUUAAGUCAAAAGAGAACAGGGAUUUUCCAGCGUAGAAUCUGUGGACACAUAAAAACUUUCUUUUUCACUUUUUAUUUUCAAGAAUUAGAAAGUUCUCUGUACAACUUCCAUUUCUGUCACAAUGAUUAGUUGCUUGAAUCUGCUUUCAUGAUUAACUUCUGCUGGUCUAAAUGUUCAUAGAUGUUUCCAUCUCACAAAGAUGCUCUGUCUGGGGGAAACACUCCACUUUCAUGCCAAACUACUGAAUAAGAAAAAGAAUUUCUUGGAUCCAGCUCCUGGCUUAUUCAGAAUGUUUUGAUUUCAUACAAAUGUUAAGCCUUUGAGAUGAUAGUCUAUGUUUUGGUUUGAAGUCAAUCACUGGUGUGUUUCUUAAGUGAUUUUGGUUCUUUUUGCUGCUGUACAGACUUUUGUACAAUUAAAAAUGGUGUUUUUGUACCAAUUCUUUGGAAAAAAGGCCGUGAAUGCA